UGUAUGUAAACGUCAAACAAGUCAACGUCAUUCAUUCGUGUCACUUUCAUUUACCUUGAAAUAUUGCUGGCGAAUUGUUGAUUCGCAUUUCUUGUUUUUUUCAUUAACGAAAUAUUGAUAUACGCUAUGUCGAAAGUAACAUUCAAGAUUACGCUUACAUCGGAUCCAAAACUGCCUUUUAAAGUAUGCUGAAUAUCCCUGGGCGCUACAUUGAAGUUACACCGCAAUAAUAUGGAUACAGCUGUCAUACGGCAAUUCCUUGACUAUUUCCAAGAUUUUCUUCAUUUGUGCCAGUUGGAAAACUGGCCAAACAAUGACACCACUGAGGCUGAACUUAAAAAUGCUUUUUUAAUUUCAAAACACAUUGAAAAAUGUAUGGACAGGUUUCAAAAAAAUGAAAUUAUUGAUGAAUUUUUAUCUCUUUUACAUAGUAAUGAGGAAACUUCAAGUACUUUUCUUAAAACAUGCCUAGGAGAUCCUCCUAAAUAUAUAUUGAAGAAAAUUAUCAACUCAAAUGCCAAAGUUAGCCAAAUAGAUGUAGGAUUUCAGUUAUUUCUUCAGUUAUUCUCUGAAAAGAGAUUAGAAGAUAGUUUAACUGAUUUAAUGUUGGAGGCGGCAUCGAAGGAGACACUUUUACGGAACUUAACACAAGAGAUUCCCAAAGACAAAGUAGUUGCAUUCAAAAGUCAAAUACUACUCUUUGAAUUGCACAAAUGUGAGAACACAAAAAAUAUAGUUUCUGAAAUGCUCAUUAAUUCUAAUCAGGAUGUAAUUGACUCAUUGAUAUCAUGUUUGUUAAAUAAAGAAGUUAAAUAUAGCAACACUGUAACUAGUAUUGCCAGUGUAUUUAAAGAAGCAAUGUUAAGUAGAAAUCAUAGUAGUCAAUCAUUUUGGAAGUGUCUAUUUAAAGUGGAUGAUAAACAUUUUAUUCAAUUAUGUUUAGAUCAUACAGAUUUAUUUAAAUUAAUUGUAAUCUCUUUGGUUGACUGCAGUAAGUUGUUGAGGGAGAACAUGUCAUCGGAAUAUUUUUAUAUAGAUAUUACAUAUUCUCAACUAGUUAGUGUUGUGCAAAGAAUAUGUUCUAAUGAUAAUUUACGAACUGAGUUUUUAAAUAUUGUUAACGAUGACCCGUUUUGGCUGGAUAUGACAUUGUGAUGUACCUAUUAUGUUUUUAUAUAUUUUUUAUAUUAAAUUUUACAUGUUUAUUA